GGUUGAUGCUAGCAGAGGUAUACGCGGACAUAGGUCACACGAUGUCCUACUAUGGCACAAACGAGGAGCCCGUGGCUCAUAUGCCGUUCAACUUCUUCCCGAUCACAGAUCUGACUUUCGCCAGCAAUGCCUCUGCAUUUGAGGCAGUCAUCAAGAAGUGGAUUGACAACAUGCCAGACGGUUGCUGGCCCAACUGGGUUAUUGGAAACCACGACAACUACCGUGUAGCUACCAGGAUGGGCGAGGAAAUGGUAGACAUGAUGGCGAUGUUCCAUGCUGCUACCAGGCAGUGA